AUGUCAACGAUUUGUCAGGCCGUCGACGGCUCUACUUUGCAGGAGAGGUGCCGCAUAGACUUGCUGGACGCCGUGGCGCAACUGACACGUCACUGCGAGACACUGCCAAAGAAAGGCGUGACAGUAGCGGCGUCGAAUCUUCCGUCGUGCACGUUUGCAAAAACCGUCUCGCACUCUGUGAAGAAACACCACAGCCAAGACGAGUCCGCGGUGCAGAAGUACAUUGCCGAGAAGGAAGGGACACGGGAGCGCACACUGCAGGCCUCCUGUCAAACAUACUUUAAAAAGCACAACCCGAAGUUUGAAGGGGCGCUCCCUCGCACGGAGCCCUUUCGAAACACACGCAAUCGCAAUGAGUUGACAGGACGAGAGCGAGACUUUGUGCAUCGCUACGCGGAAGCCGCGGCUAAAAAGUCUCUUGAGCGGAAGGUUAACGAUGACGUGACGACGCAAUGUGCAACGGAGGCAUACCAAAAGGCGUUCCGCGCGUACACGGGACGGGAUCCCAACAAAAAGGAACUCGAGGAAGUCGAACGAAUGUGGUUUGCCGUUUCGGAAGACGGUACAGUUGGCGUUAUUCAAAAACCCCACUUUUACGGCCCUCAUUCGCAUGUGUCUAUUUGCAAUCGACGCCAUGUACGUUGUCCCAACCAGGUUUACAAUGCAGAGCUGCCACCUGUGCGUGGGGCGCGUACCCGCUUUCCCGGCCCCAUUCCUGUAUGGUCCUCGACACAGAACACACAUACAUUGGUUUCCGCUGACACGUACGUCCCGGGUCUACACAACGUCAGUAAAUUUGGAUCAGCAUGA